CACGCUUCUGUUUCCAAACAAACCCAACUCGUAUCAAACCCCUUCUAAACGCCACUUGUCGCGUCACAGUAACAAAGAGAGAGAUGGUUACACUGAUCGUAGCCACCACCUCCGACCCAGCGUCGAUCAAUCCCGCGGCGGCGCUUCUCUCCAUGCCGGGAUGGACCGCCGGACCCAUAUUGCCGCCGGACAUGAAGAGUUUCGUUAACCAGCAAACGAGAGUGAUCCAACACGAUGGGUCUAUAGUGAAAGAAGACGAUCUCGAUUCACGGUGGGAAGAAGCAACCGGUGAAACCGUCGACGAAGUCAUUUUCCUCAGCCGUCACACCGCCGUCUCGAACCGUCCUGCUCUCACUGUUCACCCCAUUGGAGUGCUUCACCUGAAGGAAGGAGAAUCUCCGCCGCAGGGAGGAAAGGAGGGAUGGGCGGCGUUGACAAGCCCUAGGAUUGGUCCGUGGUUGCGUCUUUUGAAGAAAAUGGCUGAAGCUCAUAGCUUAGUUCCUGAGUUUGAGAUAACAUUGGAAGGUACUCAUCAUGGACCAAUAACUAAUAAGCCAACCAUGUUUUUGGAGAUUGGUAGUACAGAGGAGUAUUGGAAGAGACAAGACGCAGCUCAAGUUAUGGCUCUUUUAAUGUGGGAAGGACUUGGACUUGGAGGGGGUGAAGCUGUAGGGGACUGGAACAGUGAAACGGGGAAGAGGAAAGUGCUUCUAGGGAUUGGAGGUGGACAUUACGCUCCUCGUCACAUGGAUGUAGUUUUGAAAGAUGAUGUUUGGGUAGGGCAUUUGCUUUCUGGAUACUCAUUGCCAAUGGAAGAACCAAAACCUGGAGAGAAUCACAUUGGUGGGAAUUGGAAUCAAUCAAUCCAAGCAGCAUUUGAAGCUACUAAAGCAUCAUUCCCAGGAGGCGAGAUUGUAGCUCAUCUUGAUCACAAGAGCUUCAAAGGAUGGCAAAAGAAGGCCAUUACAGAGUUCUUGGCAGAACAGAACAUCACUGUUGGGAAGGCAAACGAUUUCACAUAAAACUGUGAUACCCAUAAAGCAUUUGAUUGGCUUAGAUUGUUUUCAACUAUGUUUCCAUUGAAAUACACCUAUAAGCUUUCUUUAGAUAAUUUUAUUUAAGUUUAAUGCAAAUGUUUUAAAAUUCUCUUAACAUAAAUGAAACAUGUUAGUCAAGAUCCAGUGAUCGAGUACUUUAAAAGAUUGGUCAUUUUCGCACUUUCGUUAGUGCUUUUUCUUUCUUUUCUUUUUCUCGCUUCCUCGAAGAAAUGGAGAAUUAUCAUUUGGUUCUUUGAAAAUUAGAUAAAGG